AGCCUUUUCUUCUCAUGUUUCCACGGAGAUUUGGGCUGUACGGAGCGCCAAAGCGUUGGGGAUUAGGGUUUCGUGAUCGCCGGUUUUCGGAUUUGAAUCGCUCUGAUGCUCGAAUCCGUCGUCAGAUUUGCGCUUGACGAAUCUGGGAUUGGUUAGGGAGUUCUUUUGGAGUUUUUUUCAAACUGUUUUCGUUGUUUUUGAUUUUUUUUCCCUUGUUAUUUUGAUAUGUGUUAUUGUUGUCGUUGAUUAAGGUAUUAUUGUGAUUGUGGAUUUGGUUGUAAAUAGAGAUAGAGUUUUGUGCAAUCGUGUAGUGGCGUUGAUUUUCCUCCGACGAAGUAUUUUGUGGAUUCUUGGAGGAUUUGUUUCUUAUUCCAAAAUUUUUACAAAGGAAAAAAGAAAAAAAAAAGAGUAAAAGAAAGUCAAAAUCAGUUCUAAACCCAUAUAACAAACAACACAUUUCCAAAUCUUAAAAAUCGCCCACCGUUUUUAUCGUGGGUUUUGUUCUUACAGAAAUAAUUUUUGGUCUAAAGUUCUUACCAAAGUGUCUGUCCGAGUAAUUUGCGUCCGAGGGAAAAGGAAAGUAGAUAUUUCUUUUUUCAUUUUUUUUGGUUGAAAAAGAGAAAAAAAAAUACUAAAUUUAGGUGGAGAAGGGGAAAAAAGUUCAGUUUUUGAGGAGAAAGAGCUUGGUUUGGGAAUUCAUUGUUGGGUAUUUUUUACAUUCUAUGGGAAUACCUGAUACCUCACUAUUAGAUCUAAUAGUAAAGGUUAGGUCUUGGCUUCAUUUGGGAGGAGCAAGUGAUUUACAGUGUUUUUCCGGCGAAUUCGAAAUGCCCAAUAACAGUAGUAGCAAUAUGUGUUGUGAUUGCCAUUCAAACUUCACCAAUUUGUGCCAUAGAUACCAUUGCCAAAGUUGUGGUAGGUGGUUUUGUGGGAACUGUAUCCUGGGCUCUGAAUCACUUGUUGCAACAAAGAGCAAUGGCGGUUUGGGUUCGGAGAGUGUCGUCAAGUGUUGCAAGUCUUGCUCUGAGAUCAGGGAUAGGAAGGAAGUUGGGAGGAAAUACAGUGAGAAAGUUCACCCUUCGGCUUCUCCCCGUGGAAGCCCCGAGCCGCCGUCUCCUUGCUUUAAUGGUGAAAGAAUCAAGUGCCCCGCGGGUAACGAAUCGAUUCAGAGUGAUCAUUUUUCACGGUACCUUGAUGCCCGGGAUUAUGGCUAUUCUCUCCAUGCAUUGACAAGCAGGAGUGUGACCUCAUUUAGUGCUCACCCGUCUCCUGUAUCCGUCCGUCGCCGCUCUUCCAGCAGGAGUGAUGAAGAGGAGGCAGAGGAUUCUGGGAAGCACUUUUUUAGCCUUACAAGUGAAUACUGUCAUGACAAUUCUGAUAUAGAUUCAAUUAGUUUUAGUGCUAGACACGAGGAUUUUAACUCUCAGUCAGUGGGAUCAAGUCCUUACGACAGUCCCUCUAGGAAUGAUUUUACUUCUUAUAGAGGGCUUUCUGUACAUAAGAAGGAAAGCCCAGUGUCUCGCUGUGACGGUCACUUUGCUCAAGAGCCUGUUUUAAAAAGGCCUGAGUUAAAUUCUGAGGAUCCAGAUAAUACCGAUGAUUGCUCGGAUGACUUGUCAACUUUCCGUAACCAGUAUGAGAGGAAACAAAGGCCGCUGGACUUUGAACACAAUGGUCUUCUCUGGUAUCCCCCACCGCCUGAAGAUGAAAAUGAUGAGGCAGAGGAUGGCUUUUUCAGUUAUGACGAUGACGAUGAUGAUAUUGGGGAAUCAGGUGCAUUGUUCUCGUCAAGUGGAAGCCUUUCUAGCUUGUUUCCAGCAAAGGAGAAACAGAAUGAAGGUAACAAGGAGCCUCUUAGAGCCGUGGUCCAGGGGCAUUUUAGAGCUCUCGUGUCACAGCUGUUACAAGGGGAAGGUAUCAAAAUUGGUCAGGAAAAUGGAGUUGAGAACUGGCUUGACAUAGUUACAACAAUAGCCUGGCAAGCUGCAAAUUUCGUAAAGCCAGACACAAGCAAAGGAGGCAGCAUGGAUCCUGGUGAUUAUGUAAAGGUCAAAUGUGUAGCGUCGGGAAAUCCAAGUGAUAGGUACCAUCUCCUUGGAAGUUUUGAGAUGCUUAUGUCCAACACCCUUGUAAAGGGAGUAGUUUGUACUAAAAAUAUAAAGCACAAGCGUAUGACCUCACAAUACAAAAAUCCUAGAUUACUAAUUUUAGGAGGAGCACUAGAAUAUCAGAGAGUACCAAAUCAGUUGGCUUCUUUUGAUACGUUGCUACAGCAGGAAAAUGAUCAUCUGAAGAUGAUUAUUUCAAAGAUUGAAGCGCUUCGGCCAAAUGUUCUGUUAGUAGAAAAAAGUGUCUCAUCAUAUGCUCAAGAACAUCUAUUGACGAAGGAAAUUUCAUUGGUGCUCAAUGUUAAAAAGCCAUUACUGGAGUGUAUAGCACGGUGCACUGGUGCUCUUAUUACACCAUCAAUUGAUAAUUUUUCAACAGCCCGAUUGGGGCACUGUGAACUAUUCCAUUUAGAAAAGGUUUAUGAAGAACAUGAGAGUACCAACCAGUUCAACAAGAAACCAUCAAAAACGUUGAUGUUUUUUGAAGGGUGUCCAAGGCGAUUAGGUUGCACGGUUCUGUUGAAGGGCACAAAUCGUGAAGAACUAAAGAAGGUUAAAAAUGUCAUUCAAUAUGCGGUUUUUGCAGCUUAUCAUUUAUCCCUUGAGACUUCCUUCCUUGCGGACGAGGGUGCUACCCUGCCAAAGAUGGUACAGGGACAAUCAAUAGCUGUCCAAGAGAAGGCAACUGCUGCUCCUGCAAUUUCUGUGAGCACCGAUUUGAUUGCUUCAACUAAUUCUGAAGCAGUUCCUGAGGGUUCUGCUCAUCAUCCAGAAAAUGUGGGUCUCAAUCCAGAACUCGGACGAUGUGAACCUUUCUCUGGGCAUUUUAGUCCAGGACAUGGUUUUCCUACAUCAACUGAUCCUGUGGAAGGCGUGGUUGGAAAUGUGCUAUCCGAUGCAUGUGAUAAUGAUUUAGCAUCCAAUAUCACUUUAGACUCUUCUUUAGAUCAAUCCCAUGAGAGAAAGGACUCCAAUGCACUCUCUGACAUUGGAAGUCUUUCCCAACCAGAAUCGCAAGUAAUAUUUUCUCAGGAUGAGAGACAACACGAAGAGGUUUACGAGUUGACGAGAUCCGAAAGGGUUGAUGAAAAUGAGGCUUCAAGUGAGUACUUCUCAGCUGCUGACACUCACCAAAGCAUAUUGGUAUCCUUUUCUAGUCAUUGUGUGCUGAAAGGAACUGUUUGUGAACGUUCUCGGCUUAUGCGCAUAAAAUUUUACGGCUGUUUUGACAAGCCUCUUGGGAGAUACCUCCGUGAUGACCUUUUUGACCAGACAUCGUGCUGUCGAUCAUGUAAAGAACCAGGUGAAGCCCAUGUCUUAUGCUAUACCCAUCAGCAAGGAAAUCUUACAAUCAAUGUCAGGCGUCUUCCAGCUUUAAAGCUUCCUGGGGAACGAGAUGGUAAAAUAUGGAUGUGGCACCGUUGCUUGAGGUGUGCACUUAUAGAUGGAGUUCCACCAGCGACCCGUAGAGUGGUUAUGUCAGAUGCUGCUUGGGGGCUUUCUUUUGGAAAGUUCUUGGAACUCAGUUUUUCAAACCAUGCAACUGCAAAUCGCAUUGCUAGCUGUGGUCAUUCAUUGCAAAAGGACUGCCUUCGAUACUAUGGGUUCGGGAACAUGGUUGUGUUCUUCCGGUAUUCCCCUAUUGAUAUCCUUUCUGUCCAUUUGCCACCAUCAAUGCUUGAAUUCAACGGCGAUGUUCAACCAGAGUGGUUAAGAAAAGAGGCAACACAGCUUAUGAGAAAAAUGGAAACCUUAUAUGCGGAGAUAUCUGAUGUGCUUGAUGUUAUGGAAGAUAAAAGUAAAUCUUUUGGGCAUGAGUUGUCAGAUACAAGCGAGUUACUAAACCACAUCAUGGAGCUGAAAGAUCUCGUGAAGAAGGAAAGAAAUGAUUACAUUGCCAUGCUGCAACCGGCUAUUAUGGAGAUUUCACAACCAGACCAAAUGUCUGUAGACGCCUUGGAACUCAAUCGCUUAAGACGUUCUCUUCUAAUUGGUUCACAUGUCUGGGAUCGUCGAUUUUAUUCACUUGACUCUCUUCUUAAAAGGAAUUCACUUUCCAGGUUUUCACAAGGGGAUUUAUCAUUUGCUCAGCCCUUAGAGUUGAAAAGUGAUUCGUCGUGUAAGGAUGACAUUGACCAUGGAAAUGAUGGAAAUGUAUCUGAAUCUUUGAAACUACCCGACUCUCUGGAAAAUGAUCCACUUUCAGAUCACAGAGAGCCUAAUAUACCACCCUGUGAGCCUUGUGCACCUGAAGACAGCAAACUGAUCUCAUGUCAUCAUAGCGGACAGGAGGAAACUCAUACAGAUGGGGAAAUUGCCAAGAAUGUGGCGUUGUCUGAAAACACUCCUUCCGAUGAAACUACUCUUUCCGAGAGAAUAGAUUUUGCUUGGACGGGUACUGAUCCACUUCCAGUGAAAGCUCAGUUUUGUGUGGAUGGGCUUCAAAAUGGUCCUAUCAGGCAGGCAAGUCAAAGUGAUAAUCCACCCUUUAGAAGGCUUGCACUUCCAGCGCGAGUUCAUUCUUUUGAUUCUGCUUUAAGAGUUCAAGAAAGAAUCCGGAAAGGAUUGCCUCCUUCUUUGCAUGUGUCAACACUACGAUCUUUCCAUGCUUCUGGAGAUUACAGGAAUAUGAUCAGAGAUCCUGUUUCUAGUGUAAUGAGGACUUAUUCCCAAGUACUACCACAAGAGGCUCAGAAGUUGAAUUUGAUUCUUAGUUCCACACCGUCAUUUAUCUCCUCUGCAUCUCAUGUGGCUGAGGGCGUCAGGAUGUUGCUUCCCCAGACGAGCCAGGAAGAUAUAGUUGUUGCUGUUUAUGACAAUGAACCCACCAGCGUAAUAUCAUACGCCUUAAGUUCCAAGGAAUAUGAUGACUGGGUUGCUGAUAAGUCAAAUGAACAAGAGGUUGGCUGGAGUACUCAUGAGAGCAACAAAGAAGAUUCUGCAGCUUCUACCUUUUCAGCCUGGCAGUCUUUUGGCUCAAUGGACUUGGACUAUAUCUGCUAUGGAAGUGGAACAGAAGAUGUUCCAUCAUCCAUGAGUUCCCUAUUUACGGAUACGAAAAAAUCUCCGCAUUUGAGGCUUUCGUUUGGGGAUGAUAAAGUGAAGUUCUCGGUUACGUGUUACUUCGCUGAAUUAUUCGACUCUCUAAGAAAGAAGUGUUGCCCUAGUGAGGUAGAUUUUUUGCGGUCCUUAAGCCGCUGCAAGAGAUGGAGUGCACAAGGUGGUAAAAGCAAUGUGUACUUUGCCAAGUCGCUAGAUGACAGAUUCAUUGUUAAACAAGUCACAAAGACAGAGUUGGAAUCUUUUGAGGAAUUUGCACCUGAAUAUUUUAAAUAUCUGACACAUUCCCUUAACUCGGGAAGUCCAACUUGUCUUGCUAAAAUUCUUGGCAUAUAUCAGGUCACCACUAAACACCUGAAAGGCGGGAAAGAAACCAAAAUGGAUUUGAUGGUGAUGGAGAAUCUUUUCUUCAAGAGACGUAUCUCAAGGAUCUACGAUCUAAAGGGUUCUGCCCGAUCUCGUUACAAUCCCGAUACAACUGGGGCGAACAAAGUACUUCUAGACAUGAAUUUGUUAGAAACAUUACGUACAAAGCCCAUAUUUCUUGGAAGCAAAGCAAAGAGAAGCCUGGAAAGAGCUAUUUGGAAUGAUACAGCCUUUUUGGCGUCUGUUGAUGUGAUGGACUACUCUCUGCUGGUUGGAGUGGAUGAUGAGAGGAAGGAGCUGGUUUUAGGGAUAAUUGAUUUCAUGAGGCAGUACACAUGGGACAAGCAUUUGGAGACAUGGGUUAAGGCCUCAGGAAUACUGGGUGGUCCAAAGAAUGAAUCCCCAACAAUUAUUUCGCCAAUUCAGUACAAAAAAAGGUUUCGCAAGGCAAUGACUACAUAUUUUCUCACUGUACCUGACCAAUGGUCUUCAUGAACAACGUGCAUGAUUGCAUUCUUUUUGUAGCAAAGCAUGUGUUGAAUAUUACUAAUAAAUUAUAUGUAGGGAUUAUCAUCUUUGCCUAAAAAAAAAAAAAAGGAG